UAUCGUUCCGUUCCUCGUUUACUGUCAACAAAAGGAUUUAUAAAAAUAAUUUGAAUCGUAUAUAUUUAUUCCCAUAAAUCCACAAAAUUAAUUUACCUAAAGAAAUGGAAGAACAGAAACAAAGUGAGAACAUGUACCGAUUCAAGUGGUUCAUGUCGUUAUCGAGAAAAAAGUCGACUAGAUUAGAUGGAUCUAAAGAUAAUAUCGGAUGUUCAGAUAAAAUGGAAAACAGUAACGGAGUAUUUUUUACCCUGCGUAAACGAUUUCAGAAAAAACUUACAUCUAUUAAAGUUAAAGCAUAUGAACCUGACCUAAGUGCGGGUACAGUUAGCGGUAAUAGCAUUUUGGAAAGUGGUCGAUUCACAACCAACUCCUCGGGAUCAUUUGGUUGCAAUGACUUUGCACGUAUUGUCAUCGAAAGACACACACAAAACCCUAUUCGAUUCUCCUCCCCGAAUGCUAACAUGUCUGUGAUACCAAGCGGAGAUAUCCCGACAAAUCCCUCGCCUAUGUUACGAUCUGUUACGGUAUCAGUUUCCAGACCGGAUACAGCUUGUGAUACUGUCACUAGUUUAGAUACAAUGAUGGAAGAGAUAAGAGUUGAACUGCUCAAAUAUGGAUGGUACUGGGGAAAAUUGACACGUGCAGCGGCGCAAAGACGUCUUGCCAGACAGGACAACGGGACUUUUCUUGUACGAGACUCGGAAACAGAAAAAUAUCAAUUUACCGUCAGUUUCCGAAGCUCAGGUAUCACUCUGCACUGUAGGAUUGAUUAUAAAGAUAGUUACUGGUCUUUUUCAGGUCUAACAAAUCCGACUCAAUGCGAAACAAUGAUCGACUUGAUUGAAGAUACUAUGAAGAAAUCCGAGUUUGGAAUGAUCGGAUUCGUGAAGCAAACAUCCUCGCUUACUCCACCUUUUCCGGUUCGUCUGACGAAACCCAUCAAUCGCUUCUAUGAGGUGUCCUCGUUACAGCAUCUGUGUCGAUUCAUCAUUCGACAACGAAUUGAUACGCAUAAUAUUCACAGUUUGCCUCUGCCAAGCAAGUUAAAGGACUACAUUGCGGAACACUUUUAUGACUUGUAGAUAGGGUAAGGUUAUUAAACAAACGUUAAAAGACGAAUCGCAAUUUUGAUGCUACCAGAUCAUGAAAUAGGAAAUAUUCAAUGAGCUGCUUCUUAAAUAGAAAAGAUUCAAACGUUUAUAACUAUAAGUUCUCCAGCGCAAUAUUAAGUAAUAUUGUUAAAGUAUGUAGUAAUAUGUUAAAAAACUAUUUCUUCAGAGCAGUAACAUCGUUAAGUUUUUGCCUUUCGAUCACCUAAAACUCUCAAGGCAAUGCUGGGGUAAGACGUGCACUGCCCAUAAUCGCAAAUCACUCCCAUGUUCUAUAGGAUUCCCUGUCUACAUGCGACUGGCUUGCGAUUCAACAAAAUAUUGUUUAUACUUGCUCUAUUCGUGUCCGCAUAGUUCAGUUACUUCGGUUGAGGUCACGAUAGUUCGACAUGUCAAUGAAAAAUGUAACCGGAUUAAAACAUUAACCUUAACAUGAGUGGGAUGAUAGGUCAUUGUGAAAACUUUCUGAAAAGUUUUAAUAUGGGUGUACAUUCAACUUUGUGCUGCUUCUGAAUUUGAAUUGCUUAAAGGUUGCGACAAACUUAACAAAAAAAAUCAAGAAUUUUUUUCAUUACCUCAAAACAAAUUGGCUAGCGACAAAGUUCACUUUAUUAUUUAGAAAAUCGGUUACACCCCCAUGUCAAUACGAUGGUAAUGUACAUUGUAAAGUAUAUGAAAUACGUGGAUCUCUAAUUUUCGCAAGUGUACUGUUUUUUUACGUCUACUCAGGUCAGUAGUCAAAAGUUCAAAUGUACAAAUAAACGUUCAAGUAUCUGCAGAAAUCAAAAGAAAUUUUCUAAGUCAGUCGUUUGUCAGUUUGUUAAAUUUCAAGUCAAUCAAAAAAAAAAUACAUUUAAAUGAAAUUGCAGGUAACUAGUUAAAUGACGAAGAAAAAUAUCUAUUGGUUUUAGCGGAGCUACACUGAUAAGUGAACAAAGUUUUUGAUAGUUGAAUGCCUGUUUGGAAUACAAGUUUUUUAAUGACAUUUUCGUUUUUGAAAUCUUUUAUUGAUUCUAUUAGCAUGACAUGUUACCAACUGCCAUUGGUGCAGUAGUCUAUUUUGAGAGCAUGUCGUUUGGCAUAAGUUCGUUUGACAUAAGUUCAUUUGGCAUAACAGCAGCAUAAUUUGACAUAAUGAUCAUUUGGCAUAAUUUGAAAUAUACAUUGAAAUCUCUGUUAUAUUAGGCGUUGACACAAAAUGUGGCUACGUCACAUCGCUUUAAGUAUGGUGCUGUCCGACGUCGUUCUGCCCCUAUGAUUGAGUAACCCGGGCCAACGAGUGGAUCAUAGGUUUACUUGUGAUGGUCGCCGCUUCCGACGGCGGGUCGGAGGCCACAUCGCUUGGUCUCGGUUAUAUGACAAAGCCAAGGGCUGUUUGGUAUACAAAUUCAUAGGAUUGAAAAAUAUAUGUACAUACUUGCCAGAAACAUAAGGUUGAUUCCUUCUUUUAGUCAUGAGUUGUGCAUUAUAUUUGUAUACCUAAUAGCCCUCACAAGUAGCCUGGUGAUCCACUCGUUUGCCCAGUUUACCAAAAUUUAGGGGUCGACUCCUUCUUUCAAACAUGAGCAGUUCUUUGAAUCUUCAUGCCAAAUAAGUUCGCAAGCAACCUGUUGAACUUCUCAUUGGCUCGGUUUCUUUAAACAUAAGAGUUGAUUCAUCUUUGAAACAUAGCCCUUGGCUUUGUCUCAUAAGCGCAGCUUAGGAACAACUUGACAGCUCCCAUAUAUUGAACUCAUAAUUGUUUUGUGGUGAUUUGGUAAUGUCAUGGCGGUUCGAAUGGACCAAUAUCUUAAAAAGGCACAUCCCAUUUUUUAUUUUGCAUAUCAGUAAAAAAUAAAUUAUUUAAACACUUCUAUCACCAAAUUUAUUUCGCUGUUCAAAGUAGAAAGUGUCCUCGUUCCACCAUACUUAAACAGAAACAUAUUCACAUUUGAUUCCAUUUUGAAUCUAAAAAAUCCAAAAUAAAGCAAAUCGAACUUCGGAAAUACAAGAGGAUAACUUUCAAAUUCGAGUCACUUCCACUUGUAUUGGCUCGAAUUUGAAAGCCAUCUUCUAGUAUUUCCGAAAAUCUUCGGGAUCGAACCAAUAUCUUUCCAGACAUCAAAUCCUCCAUAGAAACCCAGAAGCCGUUUCGUUAGGUUUCUGUCAGACCGGAACCGAGUAAAACACGGGAAUUCUAAUGGGAGCCGUACCAAAAUCAUCGUAAUGUCUUCCGGACAGAAUGAUUGCAAUAGUCAAACAAAGCUCUGGCAGAAGUCAAGCGAAAUUGAAAAUCUCUAGCAGCAUUCUCGUUAAAAUCGGGCGCUACCGGUUUGUUGCUAGAAUUCUGUUAAAAUGCAUACAAAACAAAUCAAAAACCAAUUUUUCUAAAUGUGUAGAAAAUUCUACAUAUAUUGUUUAUAUUCCCGACCAAAAUACUAGCAUUCUUGAUGAUCUUAAUAAAUUUGAAACAACUUGUCAUAGGUUCACGAUUUGUUAAGCUUGUUGAUUUACUUUCAUUUGCCAAAAUGUUUUUCAUGUAUAUUUCUCAAGAAAAAAAACACCAAUGAUUUACCUAUUAGGCACUUCACACAACAAGAAAACAAAAACAUGUUUAGGAAGAAAGAGUCGGUUUCUAAAAACAACGACUUCCAGCAAAAUUUAUAAUAAGAUUUAUGUAACUUUGUUUGUGUUUUUCAGUUAGUGAUAAAUUUAUUCUCGAAUAAUAGUUUUCUUUAUCUUUCGCUUUUCCCUUGGAAAUAUUUCGUUUCGUUCUUGUGGGUGAAUGGAGUCUAGUUAUGUGAGGUAUGCAAACUAGGCUCGAUGGAACUAUCCAAGUCAGUCUUGGAUAUUACAUACAUUUGGAGCAGCAUCAGAUGUUGCUUCAAGCUGUUCUCAACUCCUAUUCAACAGUUUUCACGCCGCCACCCGCGUUACGGCUUGGUAAGGCUAAACUGGUGUCGAAGGGGGUCAAUUGGGGUUGUCUGACGCAGUAUUGAGGGUCACAUCAUUAGCGUUUCUGCGCUAGAAUCGACAGACAGCCUUAAUUGAUUAUAAGAUCAGGGACUAUAUUUAAUGUGGUAAAUAAUGUCUUUUUUUUGUGAAAUCCUAAAUGCCUUCAAGGGGGUUUGCCUGGUCCAUAAUGUAAUGAAUACGUAUAUUGACUAGAACAAAGAUAAUCGAAUUCUGUUAUAAGAUAGAGAUGAAACAGCACAGUUGUAGGGAAUGUAUUCGCGAGUAAGGACUAAUACUGCUAGUAUGCUUACCGGUUCAAUUAAUAGUCGAUUCAUCCGCUUCGGGCCUAGGAGACAAAGAGGAGAUUAAGAAGAGACAGAAGCGGAUUUAAUGCGAAAAUUGCCAAUAUGAUGUUGACCCCAAUGCGAUGGUAGGAUGAUUUUCCAUAGGAUGACAGACUAGAUGACACGACGCUACACGCUCUAAACUUGUGCCAAAUAGUAUGUAUGUAUGUUUUUUUAGUAAUGUUACUUU